GACAAAAGUGAAACAUCGAAGCGGAAGAGGAAGGCAAAUCCCUCUCUCACUGCCUUAUUCGAAAAUUCUCCGCGUCUUUGCUUCUAAACUCCUUUGAUAUUCUCUGUCUCCUUCGUGUUCCUUUUCGAUUCCCUUGUGUGUUCUGCUUCUCCUCUCUUGUCAUCGCAAUUCAUCUUCGGUCUAAUCUGUUACACCGGCGAAUUUGGUGUGUCGCCGGAAUUUUCCUCUCUCUCUCUGUAUGGUUUCCGAUGAUCGAAGUGCUUCUUCCCGAUUCUGUUCUCGUUUCAGAGAUCUGAGUAGCUAAUUGCAUACACUAGACUCGGUUUCUCGUGAAAAUCUAGAGUGCCAAAAAACGAUGAAGCGGGUAAGAGAUGAUGUAUAUGCUUCUGGGUCUCAAUUUAAACGUCCUCUGCCCUCUUCUCGAGGCGAAUUAUAUGGACAAUCUCCGGUCCCAGGCCGUGGUGACACCGAAGAAGAAGUAGGAGGAGGGAGAAUCACCGGUGGGGAAAUUGCCUCGCAGAAAUUGACAACCAAUGAUGCGUUGUCUUACCUGAGGGAAGUAAAAGAGAUGUUUCAAGAUCAAAGGGACAAGUAUGACAGGUUCCUCGAGGUCAUGAAAGAUUUUAAGGCUCAAAGAACCGACACAGGCGGUGUGAUUGCACGAGUUAAGGAAUUGUUUAAGGGACAUAACAAUUUGAUAUAUGGAUUCAACACCUUUUUGCCAAAGGGAUAUGAAAUCACGCUUAUUGAGGAAGACGAAGCUCUGCCGAAGAAGACUGUUGAAUUCGAAGAAGCCAUCAAUUUUGUGAAUAAAAUUAAGAAGCGAUUUAAGCACGAUGAACAUGUCUAUAAAUCUUUCUUGGAAAUCUUGAAUAUGUAUCGAAAGGAAGACAAGGAAAUUGGUGAAGUUUACAAUGAGGUAUCUAUUCUUUUUGAGGGACACUUGGAUUUGCUUGAGGGGUUUACUAGGUUUUUGCCAGCGUCUUUGCCAUCUCAUUCAGCAGCGCAGCAUAGCCGGAGUCAGGCCCAACGGUACAAUGACCGAGGAUCAGGCCCUCCUCUACUUCGCCAAAUGCAAGUGGAAAAGGAACGCCGACGAGAAAGGGCUUUUGCUUCCCGCGGUGAUUAUAGUGUUGAACGUUACGACCUUCAUGAUGAUAAAUCGAUGGUGAAGAUGCAAAAAGAACAGCGGAAGCGUGUUGAUAAGGAGCAUAGAGCAAGGAGAGGUCGCGAUUUUGACGAUAGAGAAGCAGAGCAAGAUAACCUACACCAUUUUUCAGAGAAAAGGAAGUCGUCCAGAAGAGCUGAAGGGCUUGAAGCCUAUUCUGGUUCUGCUUCACAUUCUGAGAAAGACAAUUUAAAAAGCAUGUACAACCAAGCAUUUGUUUUCUGCGAGAAAGUCAAGGAGAGAUUAUGCAGCCAAGAUGAUUAUCAGACAUUCUUAAAGUUCCUUAAUAUGUUUAGCAAUGGAAUAAUCCAAAGGAAGGAUCUGCAGAAUUUGGUAUUGCAAUUGAUUUCUGAUCUUCUUGGGAAAUUUCCUGUUCUGAUGGAUGAGUUCAACCAGUUCUUCGAGCGGUGUGAGAGUAUUGAUGGAUUUCAGCACCUUGCUGGUGUUAUGAGCAAAAAAUCAUUCAGCAGCGAAGAACAAUUAUCUAGGCCAAUGAAGGUGGAAGAGAAAGAAAGAGAACAUAAGCCUGACCUCGAGGCUGUUAAGGAAACGGAGCAACACAAGGAGGAGUACAUGGGAAAGUCUAUUCAAGAGCUCGAUCUCUCUGAUUGCGAGUGUUGCACUCCUAGCUACCGGCUUCUGCCUGCGGAUUAUCCGAUACCAACUGCGAGUCAGAGAUCGGAGCUAGGAGCUGAGGUUUUAAAUGAUCAUUGGGUAUCUGUCACUUCAGGAAGUGAAGAUUAUUCAUUUAAGCACAUGCGCAGAAACCAAUAUGAAGAGAGUUUAUUCAAAUGUGAAGAUGAUAGAUUUGAGUUGGACAUGUUGCUGGAAUCUGUGAGCUCUGCGGCCAGAAGUGCAGAAACUUUGUUGAACAUCAUCACAGAAAAGAAAAUAAGUUUUUCUGGCCCCUUCAGGAUCGAAGACCAUUUUACGGCCCUAAAUUUAAGGUGUAUUGAGAGACUUUAUGGCGACCAUGGUCUUGAUGUGAUAGACAUAUUACAUAAGAAUCCAGCCACCGCACUUCCUGUAGUCCUAACUCGUUUAAAGCAGAAAGAAGAUGAAUGGAAAAAAUGCCGUGAAGAUUUUGAUAAGGUCUGGGCAAACGUAUAUGCAAAAAAUCAUUACAAGUCACUUGAUCACCGCAGCUUCUACUUCAAGCAACAAGAUUCAAAGAACUUGAGUGCAAAAUCAUUGGUGACUGAAAUUAAAGAGCUGAAAGAGAAGUCCCAGAAUGAGGAUGAUGUUCUAUUGUGUAUUUCUGCUGGUUACAGACAACCCAUAAAUCCUAAUCUUGAAUAUGAGUAUGUCAACAGAGCUAUUCAUGAAGACCUGUACAAACUAGUCCAGUUUUCAUGCGAGGAGUUAUGUUCUACAAAAGAACAGCUUGCUAAAGUUCUCAGGCUUUGGGAAGAUUUCGUUGAGGCAAUACUGGAUGUCCCUCCCCGGGCCAAGGCCACAGAUCCUGCUGAAGAUGUUGUAAUAAAACCCAAGACUCUCGAUGUGAAUCACAGUACAUCUACUAACGGGGAGGCUGCUGUGAGUUCUGUAGCAGAGACAACAAGUUUGGCUUCCCGGAAACUAAAAUCUGCUGCCAAUGGAGAUGAGAAUGCUUCACCUGGACCAUCCAAACGUGGUGGGAUUGGUCUGUUGAAUAAGGAUUUGACAAGGAAAGAAAAUCUUAAACAUGCUGAUACGGCUAACAGAGAUGGUGCUACCUGUUCUGCCGUGAGACCCCAGAUAGAACAAGAGACUGGAAAUGGAGCUGAUGAUAGAUUUGGAAUGCCUAUCCCGAUGGAUAUUAGGGAAAAAGCAGCCACCUCGAGCGUAUCAAUCCCAAGUGAGGGAGAAAACAAUCAUGGGGUUGUAGGAAAAGGUGAUUUGGCAGGUUCACAUGAGAUUGAAGCCAAACCAAGCAACACCCUCAGUGAUAUACAUCACGAGGUAGAUAGCAUUGAAACUGUUCAUGCGACUCAGGGAGGUGAUGUUGGCAAUUCGAUAGUUUUGGCAAAUGGAAUAAGGUCAGAUUCUUCUAAAGGUACUGCGAAUUCUGAUGAACCCGUAGGUCCGUGCAGAAUUGAGAAGGAGGAAGGUGAAUUGUCACCGAAUGGUGAUUUCGAAGACAACUUUGGUGUUUAUGAAGAUCUUGGGGUGAAGUCUACAUCCAAACCAGAGAAUUCAGAAGAAGCUGAAGUAGAGAAUGAGGAUGAUGAUAGUGAAAAUGCUUCCGAGGGUGGUGAGGAUGCAUCUGGAACCGACUCUGGUGGCGAUGAAUGUUCACAUGACGAAAACAGAGAGGAGGCAGAUGGUGUGCAUGAUGAAAUUGAUGGUAAAGCUGAGAGUGAAGGGGAGGUGGAGGGGAUGAAUUCACAUAUCUUAGAAGGAGACUUUGAGUUGAUUCCGCAGUCAGAACGUGUUAUCUUGUCUGUCAGACCCCUUACAAAGCAUGUAAGAGCAGUUUUCCGCGAUGAGAGGACAAAAGAUUUCCGAGUUUUCUAUGGGAAUGACGACUUUUAUGUUCUUUUUAGGCUUCACCAAAUCCUGUACGAGAGAAUUUUGUCUGCAAAAAGGAAUUGCUCAGGCGGUGAAUUGAAAUCGGAAAACUCAAAGGAUACCAAAUCCCUAGAUCCUUAUGCGAGGUUUAUGAGGGUUUUGUAUGGUUUGCUUGAUGGAUCAGCUGAAAAUACGAAGUUUGAGGAUGAGUGCAGAGCUCUUAUUGGAAAUCAAUCAUAUGUGUUAUUCACGUUGGACAAACUGAUAUACAAAUUGGUUAAGCAGCUUCAAGCUAUUGUAGCUGAUGAAAUGGACAAUAAGCUCCUUCAGUUGUAUGAGUAUGAGAAAUCCCGGAAACCCGGAUGGGUUAUCGACUCAGUGUAUUAUGAAAAUGCCAGGAUUCUCCUUCACGAGGAAAAUAUUUACCGGUUGGAAUGUUCAUCCUCGCCAUCACGUCUAUCUAUCCAGCUUAUGGAUAACAUAAACGAGAAGCCGGAAGCGUAUGCAGUUUCUGUGGAUCCCACAUUUGCAAGUUAUUUGCAAACAGAGUUUCUUUCCACCUCACCAGUGAAAAAAGAGCAGGGACAUAACAUUGUGUUACAAAGGAACCUGCGUCCAUACACUGGCUUGUAUGAUCUUACAGCACUCGGUAAAGCUAUGGAAGGUGUCAAAUUAGUAAAUGGCUUGGAGUGCAAGAUGUCUUGCUCUUCUUACAAGAUCUCAUACGUCUUGGACACUGAGGAUUUCUUCCACAGAAAGAAGAAGAAAAAGAAGGCGGAACAGUUAUUGCAACGUAACAAAGAUAGAGUAGAAAAGUUCCAUAGGUUUCUCUCAGCUUCAAGAUGACAACAACAAAAGCUUUUCUUCCUCUGGGGUUUUCUUAUUUCUCUUACUCCAACAUGACACAAGUAAAAGGUAAAACAGACAAAAGUUUACACAAGUGAAGUUGUCUGCAACAAUUCCCAGCUUUGGUCUUCAUAUGUCUUACUAUGGUGAUUAUAAGAUGAGAUAUAGAGAAAUGCACAGAGUGGGGGAACAAAACCAUGAGAAGAACAUUUGGUGGUAUAGACAGUGUUACUAUGUGUAUCUUGUAUUGGUUUUAGGUUUCAAGCGUCAAGUCUGUGAGUGUUAAAUGUAGCGUGUCUGUGUGUGUAUGUGCUCCCGAGGAGAUUGUUGUUGUAAAUAUUUGGGAAGCACUGGUUAAUAUAUAGAUAGACCCAAAAGAAAACGUGUUCUUCUUCAUCUACUUGGAAAUUUCAAGAUUAUUAAAUCAAUUUAGAAAUAUAUUGGUGAUUCUGAAAAAA